CGAGAGAGCAAACACGGAGAAACAGAGAAGCUGGGACAGAGAGCAGAGAGUGCUCAGUUUAUCAGAGACGGAGACAGAGAGAGAGAGACAGAGACAGGGAGACAGGGAGAGAGAGGUAGAAGGAAACAAAACAAGUCAAAGACUAAGUGCAGCUCUGCUGAGGACUCAGCGAAUGCUCAUCCAGCUGGCUUAAGGUUGUCCUCACUCACUCAGCUGUGAACGAGUGUCUGGUCAGAAUGGAUUUCAUUUUGGUCCAGCAGCCACCAAGCUGCUCUGUAGAUUAUAGUCGCUCCAUUUGGAUUACUUCAGAAAGCACUGCUCCUGUGAUGAAUGGGAAUGACAGCUUGCAGAAAGGAAGAUGAACUUUGAUUGUCUUGAGGACUCGAUCCAGAACCUGCUGUCGGAGCUUUACCCGCCCUUCGAGGCAACCGCCCCGACUCUUCUCAGCCAGCUUUUCCAAAUCAUUGAUAGUCGUUAUCAGGGAGAUGCCCUGCGGUGCCUGCUGGACUUUCUGGUCCCAGCCAAGCACAUUUUAGCCACUGUGCAGCAGGCUGCAUGUGCUCAGUACUCUGAUGUACUUUUCCAGUGUGAGGGUUGGCCUCUGUGUUUGCAUGACCAAGUUGUCGUCCACCUUGCCCCCAUCAAUCCCCUGCUGCUUCACCCAGGCGACUUUUACCUCCAGGUGACACCAUUCGGUGACCAAUCAGCUCGCAUCAUAGUCUGCAGCCUCCUGGAAGAAGAGGGGCUUAGAGUGGAGAUAGUUGAGGAGACCCCAAUCCCUGAAACUUCCUAUCCUUGUAUAUUCAGACGUGACUGGUUAGAGGAGAUCAACCGAGGCCGUCAUGGAACGUCUCUUAGCCAAUGUCUGCUCGCCACCGAGCGGGGUGUGGUGAGGUUACCAUGGGAACGGGUGGCCGUGCCUGAUUUUGUGGACUUGCCUACAUGUGCUAGGAGUAGCAUGGCCUCUGCUCCUCCUUCAUGCCCUCCUUUACCACCUCCGCUUCCACAUCCUCCUCCUCUUCCUCACUUUCCCGAGAAUGCUUCAUCAAAUUGUUCAUUUCCUAUUUCUCCAAAACAGUACCCUGUAACCAUCAAAAAUUCAAUUUUAACAUCUUCUUCACAUCCCUCUACUUUCUCUCUGGAGACCAGAAUAUGUCCAGCGAAGCACGGCAUUGCUGUGUCACUCUGCCUGGUGGAUACUAGGGCUGCUCCUUCAUCUAGGCCAGUCAAAGUAAAAGAAACUGAAAAAGAGCAUAAGCCUGUUGGCUUGGUGUCCCCUAAUACAUGGGACAGCUGCUCUGCUGGGACAGAUAGAGUUAUAAAAACAAGCACUUUUUCAGGCACAUGCAGCCCUGUUGUUGGAGAUGCACAAAGGUGCAAAGGUGAAGAUAAGUGUGUAAUUGUUUCUGAAAAUAUAGAGCAAGAGAAGCAUAAAGAUACAAACUCUAAUGAUAUAACCCGGAGUGGAUCAGUUGACCAAGUUGUUGCAGAAGGGGAGUAUAUUGACAUUCUGCAGGCAACAAUGCUUUUUGGUAGAGCUCAGUCAGUACGUGAAGAACAACAGAAAUCAGAAAUGCAAAUGCAACCACACACGCAAAUCGAACCACAACUUCAAAGAUAUCCACAGAGGCAAGCACAGAUGCAGCAGCAUUCACAAGUUGAGUCGCACAGGCAAACACAAAGAAUGGCAAAUACUCAGAUACCAACUCAAGCACAGUCAGAAGCUUGUGUGCAGUUACCCACGAAACCACAAAUGCAAAGUCAUUCUAGAUCGGAGGAUGCUGUAUCAUUACGGCCCAACGUGUCUGCAGAAACAGGACCUCCAUCUGCUCUCCACCAUUCCCAGUCCUGUCACCCUGACUCACUCGAACCAUCUCAGUGUGUCCGCACUGUCCGAUUCUCAGAGAAACCGUGUACUCCGUGCAUGAGGAGAAGACAAGGUGGGAAGGUCUCCAGAGCUCAGGAGUUGAGGUGUCGAUACAGGGACUCCUACCAGGCAGCUAUACAAAAUCCUGUUACCUUUGCACAGGAGAAAGACAGAGUGAAUAUGUUAGCUGUGGUGGAGGAGGAUGGUGACUUCUCACAGUGUGAUGACAGACUACCAGAGACUGAAACCGGGGAUCCGUGGUGUAAUGCUCAAGCACUGUGGUUUGAUCCUGGGAUGCUACACCAGUCUCCUUCCUCUGUCAGUGGAACCAUCUGUAAGGAGUCAGGUGAAAAGAACACUGUUCCAUAUUGGAAACCAGGAGAUACAAACUCUGCCACCUGUUUGGAUUACAAGGGAGACAAUGAUUUAAACUUUGGUGAGCUACCAGAACAGACAACAAAAAGGACCACUCUACCAUUUAGGGAACCAAGGGAUGCACGGUCUACCACAACUUAUGGCCAUUCACACAAUAUAAACGAGACAAAUUUAAUAGCAGAAAUGAGAAUGGACACUAAUAGAGGUUUGUCAAACUUAAAUGAUCCUAAACAGACACAUGUAGUCUCUGCCAAACCCCACGGAUUACCGUUUAGUUCAAGUGAGAUUUCAGCAAUGAGUGUGACCCUCAAGGCUUGUGAAAGGCUGCAACGCAGAACCAAUUCCACAGGAGGGAGUCCAAGCUGUUCAAAGUCUCGUUCAGGCACACGUGAUAGAUGGGAAUCCAUGUCAGAUGGAAGAUGUUCAUCUCUCUCCACAGCUGUGGUUGACACCUCGGAGAAGUGUGAGCUGGUCAUUGUUGAAGGUCAAAAUGUUAGGAGAAGAGAGAAGACUGAGCCCUCUGCAGAGAUUCCCCAGCUGCAUGUUGUCAAAUGCAAAAACAGCACAGCUUUUCGACUGGUUUCACCAAAGAUCAACAGGAGGAAGAUGGUCAUUCCAGAUGGCGCUCAGCAUGGCAGUACGUCUGUACCGAGUAGAAAUGGCCAUCAGAUGGAGAACAUAUCACAGACAAAUCCACCUUCAGCAGCAGAGAAACAGAGGAUCUUCCAGCCUGCCUCUGCCCGUACCAGACCUGACCACCUUCCUCUGGGAUCCCCAGACCCCGGAGCCCACCCGCUCUAUUUAGGAGUAGCAUCUCUCACAGGCGGCAGAGACAGGACAGGCAGGGCAAUAGUUGAGUUCUAUGGAGACCACCAGGGAUGGAGUCCAGCCGUAACGAGCCAGGAGCUCUUCAAGAUGCUGCUCUACUUCCACUCUAUCACCAGGAGAGAAAUCAGAGAUGCUGGGAUGACCGUCAUUUUUGAUGCAAAGAAGACAAAUCCUCAGCCGCAGUUCUAUAAGGCCUUGAUGACAUUUCAAGAGCAGAUUCCCGGGGCAGUAAACAGUGUUGUGCUGCUGGUGGACAAGCAGAGCAGCCUUCGGCCAGAGAGAUGUCCUGGCAUCCAGACUGAAGUGGUGACAUCGAUGAAAGCCUUGGUCAAACUGGUGGAGGUGAGCCAGCUGAGCCCCUGUCUGGAUGGCACACUGUCUCACAGCCACUGUGACUGGAUUGAGCUGCACCAGAAACUCUUCCCAUUUGUGUCUGAUCUUCAUGAGGCAUCCAGCCUCCUUCUGAGAGCCAUCACUAAGUUAGAGGAGCCCCAGAGGUUGGACACUGUACAGACUGUGCAGCAGUGCAUGAUGGACCAGAAGACUCUGAUGAGGGAUGUACUGGAGGAUAGCCGAUUGGUCAGCCUGCAGAGAGAGGGCGGGGCCAUCCUGGCAAGGCUGAGAAAAGAGAGUGACCUUAAAUACCCCCAUUGCGAGGAUCUCAGUGAUGCGGUGGACUCGGUGACCAGCCUGUACAACCACGUGGAGGAGCAAGCUCAUGUCCUGGUGCAGAGGUCCAACAUGUCCCUGGAACACCUGGAAUAUCUGCUGCAGCUCAGAGAGAUGGAGGGACACUUCAUGCAGAUGCAACAGUGGUUCAGUGUAGAGGGAGAGCGCCACCUGCUGGAGGCUGAAUCAGUUGAGGACUCUGGGGACAAAAUGGAGCAGAUCCUCAACAGCUUCACUGGUUUCCUUAUUGAAGCUAAUGACCGAAGGCACCAUGCCAUGACGUUGGUGUCAGAGGCAGAGCGACUCCAGCAGAGUGGACUCUCUUAUGCAGAGACGGAAGCUUUCAGGACUCUUGUCAGCACCUUCAAGUCAGGCCUGGAGGACUUUCUGUGCAGGGCAGAGGCAUGUGGCAGGGAGCUGCAGAUCAUGGUCAACGUGUGUGAUUUUUGUGAGCAGGCUACUGCUCUGGCCAGCGAAUGCACUGAGUACCUGGACCAGAGUCAGUCCAGAAUCCACACAGUGCAAGACUAUAACCAAACUCCAACACCUGUCAAUCAAACAAACACUGAGCCAAUACAACACCAAAACCGCGAGACUACAUCCCUUUGCCCGUCUGACACCCCCGCAGCACAUGGCUCAGGUCCAACCUUCACCAGCUCCAUCCUCCAGACUUUCCAAGACAGGUUCCUCCAGUUCAGCCCAGAGCGAUUUCAGGAGGUGAAGGCACAGGCCAGUGCUCUGCGGGGCUCUAGGGGGAUGCGGGUCUGGAAUGUAGCCUGGUUGAGAUGCCAGGAGGCCCGACAGCAGCUUCAGGAGAAGAUGCAGGACUUAGAGAUUUUCCGGCAACAACCAGAUUCUGGCAGCUGGUGUGAGCGUCAUUAUGUAGAUGUGGUGAGCACUAACAUUGAGACAACAUCCCCUGGUGGCCAAAAUCUGGUGGUACAAUCAACGCCUGGACCCCGGCAUCCGCAGUGGGAGGGGAUUGUGUCAGGAGAGGUAGAUUUGGGGAAGAGAAGACCAAUCCUGGGCAGCAACAGCACUAAUUCAACAACGGCAGCCUGCAGUAACAUCACUGUCAAACCUGAGGUUCACAGUGAUGCCCGAACCAAUGAGGGGUCCAAGGUCACUCCACAAUCUCCUCACAGAUCAACAAGGAGAACAGAAAGAGAGGCGAGGAGGAGACAGGCGAGCAGGGCGAGGAGUGAGAGAGAUGCUGCUGCUCUGUCUCAGUCCCACACUGUCGGCUGUCAGUGGUUUCCAUGGGGAAGAGGUCUGCGAGUGAGGUCUGUAAGUGAGGACUCGUGCACUACAAGAGUACCGACAACGGGGUCAUUGACUCCUCCAGAGCAGCGUGUCAGACCCCCAUCUUCUUGCUCUCACCACGGUCAGCCAUCUUGUCGGAUCCUCCAGGAGGCUCAAAAGUUCCAGAUCUCCCGCCACGGGAGCUUCUGCUCAGAAGACUCCUGUAUGAGUGACCAGGGGGCUGCAGGGGGUAAUGGGAAUUUAUGCUGCAAACACUCCAGCCUGCCCAUCGGGGGAUAUGAGGGAGGGGGUUGUUUGGCAAGUCCACAGGAGAGUGCCAGCAAUGCUCUGAGGCUGCAGCGUGUCCUGGAGGAGCUGGUGUUCACGGAGAGGGAGUACGUCCGCUCACUGGGCUACAUCCUCACCCACUACCUCCCCCUGCUGGACAGACCGGACAUCCCACAGGACCUCAGGGGCAAACGCGGCAUCAUCUUUGGCAACCUGGAGAAGCUUUACGACUUCCACAGCCACUACUUCCUGCCAGAGCUGGAGGCCUGCCAGAGGGAGCCUGCCAUGGUGGCCCGCUGCUUUCUCAGACAUAGUGAGAGUUUUGGCCUGUACGCUCUGUACAGCAAGAACAAACCUCAGUCAGAUGCUCUCAUCCUGCACCGUCGCCAUGACAUCUUCAAGAGGAAGCAGCAGGAGCUGGGGGACGUGAUGGACCUUUCGUCCUACUUGUUGAGGCCCAUCCAGAGAAUCAGCAAGUACAGCCUCCUGCUGCAGGACAUUCUGGCUCUGGCUGGCUCAUACAGGCCAAAAGACAUGAUCCAGGAUACACUGAUCACAUCUAGUGUAUGCGCACAAAGUGUGUGUGGCCCAGGUGCAUAUGUGCCUGACUUGACGAGCAGUGAGAGGGAGCGGGAGAGAGCUGAGAUCCAAGCUGCUGCAGACCUGGUUCGGUUUCAGAUGCGACACGGCAAUGAUUUACUCACAAUGGACGCCAUCAAGGAGUGUGAUGUGAAUUUGAAAGAACAGGGCCAGCUGAUUCGCCAGGAUGAGUUCACAGUUUUCUUCAGGAAGAAGAAAUGUGUCCGCCGCGUCUUUCUCUUUGAAGAUCUCAUCCUCUUCAGCAAGACCAAGAGAACAGAUAUUGGCAAUGAUGUUUAUGUCUACAAGCAGUCAUUCAAGACAAGCGACAUUGGGAUGACCCACAACUCAAAUGUGAGCAGUUUGUGUUUUGAGAUUUGGUUUCGCAGGAGAAAAAGCGAGGACACGUACACCUUGAAGGCCUCCAGCAUGGAGGUGAAGAAGGCCUGGACCUCCGACCUGGAGAAGAUUCUGUGGGAUCAGGCCGCUCACAGUAGAGAGCUGCGUAUUCAGGAGAGGGUGUUCAUGGGAAUGGGCCGCAAACCUUUCAUGGACAUUCAACCCAGUGAUGCUGCCAUCUGUGACCGAGCCGUCAGCUGUGUCCUGCCUGGUAGAAUCCCUGUGGCGUGUUGUUCACACAGGGGCUUAGAGUAUCCACGACCACACUCCAUUGGCUCUGGCAGCACUGCCUCCACCACCCUCAGCCAAUCAUCUUCCUCUUCUGGGAGGGGUUCGUUACCCCCUGCUGGUUAUGCUGGGAACCAGUCACAGGGGUUGGAGACCAAUCCCGCCAUCUGCUCCUCUCCUGAGGCUGUCACUGACAAUGAACUCAACAGUCACUACCUUCAUCAGCAUCAUCUUCAUAGUAAUUGUGGACAAUGGAAAGUUCAUCAUCCCCUGACGGACAGCACUGAAUCAUCUACAGAAUGCAUCAAGCUCCUCAGCAGCUCAGAUCACAGCUGCCUGUCUGCCGUUGGUGGCGAGGUGGAAAACGACUCCUCCUCGUUUGCAUCCCAGGGUUCAAAGCCCCUCCCACCACUUUGUCGGACUCCCAGCCUGAGGAGAAACAGCUGUCCAACAGUUACCAGAAAGAAACCGAGUGUCACUCCAAAACCUCCGCAUCUGGCUAACGCUCAGGGUGAUAACAUUAUAAUUGGAAAAUCAACAGAAGUUUAACACUGGCUGCCCGCAGAAGGUCACUCGUCCAUUGAGGCUUCCGGUCGCCCUGCAGACAGACGGGAACCAAUAAAAAAAAUAUUUUGAGUGGCUGCACAGUCAUAAGACAAUCAGAUGAUUUAUUGAAGAAGCUGAGGUUUGGUAUGUUGGUAUGAUAUGCCAGUCAUUCAAAUAUAAAAACACAUGCCUUACCCUCACUGAUAACACUCAUAUGCAAGAAAGAGGAAGAGACUGCUGUGUGAUGCGGUUUGGUCACAUUUGUUUGCAUGCAAUUUUAAACCACAAACACACACUGGUCCUUUGCCCAGGCAGAAUUCUCUUCAUCUCAUCCCAUGAGCUAAAACUAAAUGUAAACUAAAACUUAGAGAUACUUAAUGACAAGGUUUUUGUAUGGUUAACUGCCCACAUGUCGCAUGUCCACAGACUAUACUGUUAAAUAGAGUAAAACCUUUGCUUAAAACAUUUAGUAAUGAGUAGCAGGUAUUUGUACCAUCGACUUAUAUUUUGUGGGAUCUUUUGGUCUGUACAGUCUGUACAAUUAUGCAGGGAUCAAAAAAGAAAAGGUUGUAAUUAUUUUUGUCACUGAGCACCAGUAUCUGUCACUUCCACUUCAGUCCAGUGACAAAAGCUAAAUGUAUUUCUCUGUGUUUCAUGCUCAUUGCUCAUUUGCAAGCAGGCAAAUCAUUGCUUGUAAAUAUACAUCAUUAUUCUCUCAACAGCUGGACAACUUUAAAUACUAAAUCUCAGUGGAAACUUAAUGGAGUCCAAGAUGCAGUUCAGAGCAUCCACUGUGCAGAUAUGGAAAAGUAAAACCAUUUAAUGCCACAGUGAUUUAUAUACAGUAUAAUAAUUAACAUAUAAAGAUAUUUCUUUUCUCCUAUACUUUAAAGCUUUCCUGUUUAUUUCUUUGAGGUCAUUUUUAUACUACUGCAGUGUUUCUAAACAUAUGUUUCUUACCUGUCUUACCUGACUCACAGUAGUUUUGUAUUUAAUAAUUUAUCAGAAGGGACAGACCACUUAAGUAUUUUCACAUCUUGGAUUCGCAUUUCUUUGCAACUCUGGAGAGACAGGAUUAUAAAAGGCUACAUAAUCACACACACUACUGCUUACUAACAGACAGUAUAUGAACCACAAGCUUACAGACAAAACCACUUACUGUUGUUUUGGGGUCCACUAAUAUGCUGAUUAAUGUUCUAGCUCCUCUCUCAUGAAGAUGUCCAUUACAGAAAAGUAUUUUUCAGAUAAUUUAAAUGAUUUUUAAUGUAUUUUUUGUUUCCUUAUCAUGUCAGAGAUGAAAAGUGUUUUGUCAUUGUUUUCUUUCUUUUUAUUGUCUGUGUGUAAUGUACAGUAUUUAAAUCAUGACAGGAUCUUGAAAAAGUGAAGCCUUGAUGUCGACUUCUGGUUAUUUUUUAAAGCCACUAACAUGGCGGACCCAUGAAAUUUCUUCUGCUUUUUAUUACUUUUGUAUUGAUUACUUGCUUUCUUCCAAGCUUUUCUUUUGUUAUUGUAUUCGUUUAUUCUAUUCUUUUUUUCUUUCUUGUUUUUUUUUUUGUUUAAAGAAGAAUUUAAGUUACAUUUUGUAUGGCUUCUUCCCUCUGAGCUCUCCAUCUUUAGGAAUGAGCCAGAUAGAUUGCAGUAACAUGAGGAUAUUAUUACAAGACUACAACUUCCUCCAGUAAUGUAAAAAAAAAAAAAAAAAAAAAAAAAAAGUCUAAUCAUGGUGACCUGAAAAAAAAUGUGUGAAGUGGUUUAGCGUCUUGCAAAAGAAAAGAAAG